AUGGCGUCCCCAAUCUCCCGCCGACUUGCAUCCAAGGUUCUGCACCCAUCUUCCUACUCUGCACUCUUCUCACUCCACCACUUAAACCCUAAUCACCCCCACCAAUCCUUCACGCCCACUACCCCCAAUUUCACCACUUUCAAUCCCACAUCAUCAACCCGCAAUUCAAUCAAAUCAAACACCAUUUUCAACCAUAGCCUCACACUCCAAUCUUUAACCCCAAAAUUCUUCUCAACCUCCACUCCUCAACCCGAUCCAGACCAAACCCACAAGCCCAACAACAAUCCAAACAAAACCCUUGAAGAUUUCCAGCAUCAAGAAAUCACAGGACCCACAGUCGAACGAGAUGAUUCGGCGCUUGCGAAUGAGACCCGCCAAGUGCUCGAUGAAAUGUCUAAGAGAGUUCUCAUUGUUAGUAAGAGUUUGGCUUUGCUGGGUCUGUUUCAAUUAGGUUUAGGGGCCUGGAUUUCGUAUGUGACGAAGGGUCAUCCGAUUCCGGAGGUGUCGGUUCAGAGUGUUUUGGCGUUUGGGUUGCCGUUUUCGCUGUCUUUGAUGCUGCGGAGAUCGCUGAAGCCGAUCGGGUUUUUUAGGAAGAUGGAGGAGCAGGGGAGGUUACAGAUUUUGACUCUUGCAAUGCAAGUUGCUAAGAGUGUUAACGUGUUUUUCGUUAGGUUGAAUGUGGUUUCUUAUUUGUGUAUUGGUGGUGCUUCUCUUGGGUUGCUUGUUAUUGCUUUGUAUUGA